AUGUCUCUUUGUAGUGCAUUGACUCAGAACUAUCAGCAAAUCCUAGCCUUUGUGUUUGCUGUUAAGGAAGUCAAUGAAAAUCCCCACAUCUUACCCAAUGUCACCCUUGGAUUCCAUAUCUACGAUAGCUAUUCAAAAGCGAAGUGGACCUACGAAGCCAUGUUGCAACUUACUUCCACGAAGAACAGAUUUAUCCCCAACUACAAGUGUGACACCCAGGGCAAUCUCAUUACAGUCACUGGUGGACUUCGCUCUGAAACAUCUUAUCAUACAGCAAAUGUUGUAAGUCUCUACAAGAUCCCUCAGCUCUUGUAUGGAUUUGCAGUGGGGAUGAAUGAUAAAACCCAAGUUCAUUCCUUCUACCGGAUGUUUCCAAAUGAAGCCCUUCAGUAUAGGGGGAUCCUCCAGUUACUUCUCCAUUUCAAGUGGACGUGGAUUGGAUUUGUUGCUGACAACAGCGAGAAUGGAGAACGGUUUCUGCUGAGGGUGCUUCCAGAUUUUUCUCAGAAUGGCAUCUGUUUGGCUUUCACAGGAACAUACCCCAAUAUAGGUUUCGAUGAUAACAUUGGAGACACGUGGGAGUGGAUGGUGAAAAUGUACAAUGAGGUCAUGAACAGCACAGCAAAUGCAGUCAUCUUCUAUGGAGAAGCUGAUUCCAUGAUAAAUUUCAGGUGGUUACUUCAUCUGCCAGACAUUGAAGACGAAAUAGCAAGGCUCCAAGGUAAAGUGUGGAUACUGACAGCUCAGAUGGACUUCAUGUCACUUCAUUAUCAAUUCCUUUGGGAUGUUCAAGUCAUCCAUGGGGCUAUAUCCCUUGCAAUUCACUCCAGUGAGCUCCCUGGAUUCCAAGAGUUUCUUCGUAGUAGGAAUCCCUUGGGUAUAAAAGAAGAUGGUUUUAUCAGGGACUUCUGGGCACAGGCAUUUGGCUGUGUAUUCCCAAACUCUGCCUCAGAUGAGGUUGAAGAGACGACCUGCACUGGGGAAGAGAGGCUGGAGCAUCUUCCUGGGAAUGUUUUUGAAACAAGCAUGACCGGCCACAGCUACAAUAUCUACAAUGCUGUCCAUGCUGUGGCCCAUGCAUUACAUGCUAUGUAUUCCUUUAAGAUGAAAAGUUCAUCAAAGAUGGCAGGAAAAAGGAAGCUUCAGAAUGAGCAGCCCUGGAAGCUCCAUCGCUUUCUAAGAGGGGUCUCAUUUAACAACAGUGCUGGGGACAAGGUUUCCUUUGACCACAACGGGGAUUUAGAUGCAGGAUUUGAUGUUGUCAACUGGGUAAUCUUCCCAAACCAAUCUUUUGUUAGGAUGGAAGUUGGCGAGAUGGAUCCCCAGGCUCCUCCAGGUCAUGCACUUAGUGUUAAUGAGGCUGCUAUUGUAUGGCACAGCAAGUUUAACCAGGUACAGCCCCUUUCUGUAUGUAGUGACAAGUGCCAUCCUGGUUGCAGUAAGAAAAUGAAGGAGGGGGAGCCAUUCUGCUGCUAUGAUUGCAUUCCAUGUCCAGAAGGGAAGAUAUCAGAACAGGAAGAUAUGACCGACUGCUAUAAGUGCUCAGAUGACCAAUAUCCAAACAAGGACCAAAAUGUAUGCAUCCCCAAAUCUGUGACCUUCUUAUCCUAUGAAGAACCUUUAGGCAUGAGCUUAGCUGUUGUUGCUCUUUCCUUUGGGGUCAUCACAGUCCUGGUGCUGGGAACAUUUGUCAGGCACCACCACACUCCCAUCGUCAGAGCCAACAACAGGAGUCUCACCUACACUCUUCUCCUCUCCCUCCUGCUCUGCUUCCUGUCUGCGCUGCUAUUCAUCGGCUCUCCUGACAAAACAACCUGUCUCCUUCGUCAAACCGCUUUUGGUCUUAUCUUCUCACUGGCCCUUUCUUCUGUGUUAGCAAAAACUCUCACGGUGGUUCUGGCUUUCAUGGCCACCAAGCCUGGAAGCCGGAUGAGGAGAUGGGUGGGGAAAAGCCUGUCCAUUUCGGUUAUUCUUUCCUGCUCUUCUGUUCAAGCAGGCAUUUGUAUCAUUUGGCUUGUUAACUUUACCCCAUUCCCAGAUAUUGACAGACAUUCAAUGACUGAAGUUGUAUUAGAAUGCAAUGAUGCAUCUCCUGCAAUGUUUUACUGCGUCUUGGGCUACAUGAGCUUCCUGGCAAUUGCCAGCUUGUCUGUGGCUUUCUUUGCCAGGAAACUACCUGACACUUUCAAUGAAGCCAAGUUCAUCACUUUUAGCAUGCUGGUCUUUUGCAGCGUUUGGUUGUCCUUCGUUCCAAGUUACUUGAGCACCAAAGGGAAAUCCAUGGUAGCUGUGGAGAUCUUCUCCAUUUUAACCUCCAGCGCUGGGCUUCUGGGUUGUAUUUUUUCCCCAAAAUGUUUUAUUAUUGUGCUCAGGCCUAAGAUGAACAACAGAGAGUUGUUCAAACUGAGAAACUGUUGA